AUGGACGUAGAUGGAGAAACACAACUUUCCGUACUCCAAAGUAUGGAAGACAAACUACGGUCCAAUCUAAAGAUAGAUUUCGUAGAAUUCGUAGAUACGUCAGGAAACUGUGGAUCUUCAUAUUCAGUCACUAUAGUUUCACCUGAUUUCGCAAAGAAGAUGACUCUAGCAAGGCAUAAAUUAGUGAAUCAAAUAUUGUCAGAUGAGAUAGCACAACUGCAUGCUUUCUCACAGAAAACGUAUACACCUGAACAAUGGGAGAAGGAGAAGAGCAAAUGA